GCAACGUGAGCUGUGCCACAACGUCCGGCUGCAGGUGCGAAGACGACGAGCUUCAGUGUCUGAACGAGGAUACUGGAGUUACGGAAUGCUUCGCUCGAGAGUGGUACAGCGACUGCCCCGGUGCCUGCAGCUCUGGCCUUGAGCUCUGCCCCGUGAUCUCCUUCCGGAGCGGCAUGCCGCACCGUGAAGAGACUUGCGUGGAACCGGUGGCGGGCUCUUGCCCCGUUCUCUGCGACAACACCUCGGCACAGAAGUGUCCUGGUGCCGGCAACCAGGAGUUCUGCAUUGACUUCCUAGACAGCUGCCCGAAGACCUGUGCGGAAGGCGAGCAGCUCUGCUCCGUGGAGAACAUGGAUAUACACGGCCGGGUGCUCGUGACCUCCAUGCUGUGCGUGCCGGCCGCCGAUCCCUGCCCCUGCGGUCAGAAUGCCUGGAGCUGUGGGGAAUUCUGUGCGCCGGCUUCCGACGGCUGUCCUGGCACCUGCGAGGCUGGCAAGGUCUGCCUCCCGGUGUCCUACACGGUGGAAGGCAUGUACCAGCCCAAUGCGUCGGUGGUUGCCGGCUGUAUCGACGCCUCCCAGUCCUGCCAAUGCGGGCAGAACGCGCAGAUGUGCAUGUGGACAGACAGCAAGGGGCAGGAGCGGGCGGAGUGCCGUGCUUCGGCCGUAGAGUGUCCGAUGACCUGCAGCGGCAAGCUCUGCAAUUUGGCGGACUACAGACUCAACGGUAUGGUGAAGGGCUCUCGCGAGCUCUGCCUGGUGCAUGACGGUGAGUGCCCCUGCGGCGAGAACGCUAUUCAGUGCAGGGCCGGGCAGGAGACAUACUGCCUUCCACGGUGGGAUGCCGAGUCACAGAGGCUGUCCGAAUGUCCCCUGGAGUGCGGGGACGACGAGCAAAGGUGCUGCGUGCCAAGCUUCGGCGCGACCGGCGAGUUUCUCAGGACCGAGGAGAUCUGCGUGCCGAAGGGGCAGCCGUGCAGCUGCGGAGCCGGAGGCUUCGAAUGUAACUACACC